GGCAGUCUAUUAAACGCAACAAUAUCCUUCUCGAAAGCCAAUGUAAUGGCUCAUUUAUGGAGAAAAUGGAGUCAGAUUAGAGUUAAGAAGUUUCCUACGGAGUCAAAGCAAACAGUCCUUGACUUGAGUCUUCAUUUCUGUGGUGUUAUUAUGUAACUCAUGUAAGGACAUUUUGAUUCACUAUAGUAGUAAGUUGAGAUACUCCAUGCGCCCUGGAUAAACCUCUCUCUGACCCAUGUGCGUCAAGAAGGACAGAGGAGAAGAGGAAUGCGCUAUUGACGUCAUGAGGUGAAAUAACCUUACCUAAAAUCCUGGAACUGUCUAAGUAAACCGUUCGCCGUCAAGAGUCGUUUGACUCAAUUUUCAUUUGUUUUCCCUCUUGAUUGUUUUUCCAUCUGUGCGCCGUAUAUCCCAGCUCAGGUCUAAUCUAAGCAGAAUUAUGGCUUCUCCUCAGCAUCUACUGUUUCACAACAGUGAAGUAAGCUGUGACUCCAGUGGCGAUGGUGCCGUUUCUGUGCGCGUCAAACCGCACAAACAGCAGCGUGGGAGUUUUGGUGCCAGUGCCAUGUGCAACCUCAUUGGGGGCUCCAAACACUGCAAGUACAGCAUCUCCUCCAGCUGUAGCUCUGGCGAAUCUGCCAUCCGCAAGCCGGUGGUCAAAAGCCUGCGCUCUCAGAGGAAGAUGCCGCAGCUGUUCGAGAGGUCAGCUGGACACUUCUGGAACCCCAAGUUUGACUCCAACAUCCUGGAGGAAGCCUGUCGCGAGCGCUGCUUUCCGCAGACACGGAGGCGCUUCCGCUGUGUGUUGUUCUACCUGGCGGCUGCCAGCCUCCUUUGGGGGUUGUUCUUCAUAGCUAAUGCUAAUCGAUGUGAACGAACUGCCUUCUUAUUGCCCACAGCCUCCUUCCUGCUCCUCUGUUGUGUCCUGUUCGUCUUCACGUUCACUCGCUUUUAUGUUCACUGCUACAACCAAGCCUCCCUGUUGCUCAUAGUGGUGACCUUUGCACUCACUCUUGCACCUCAGAUCCAGACAUCAGGCUUUAGUGACUUUAACGCUCCUCCUUUAAAGGAUGAAGAUGAUGACUUUAGUGGUGCAGAGGAUAAAAAUCUGACAUUCGAAGCCACCCGAAGUGGAGAUCUAGUUUCUCCGUGCUUGUCCCCAGUUGGUACCUUUUCUCUAGGAAUGGAGGUGCUUUCGUUGCUCUACAGUUUCCUGCAUGUUCGUUUUUAUGCUUCCCUACUGCUUGGCCUGAUCUACUCGGUGCUUUUUGAGACCCUUGGAUGGAUGCACUUGAUUCAAGACAACAGGUGGAGCAACUCCACCGAGGAGCAUUUGGAGACGCUUUACUGGCUGAUCCCUGGACGGGCUAUUUUGCAUGUGUGCGCCCACAUCAUUGGUAUCCACCUUUUCAUCAUGUCCGAAGUGCGUUCCCGCAGCACGUUCCUCAAGGUCGGGCAGGCCAUCAUGCACGGGAAAGACUUGGAGGUGGAAAAGGCCCUGAAGGAGCGGAUGAUCCACUCGGUGAUGCCUCGUAGAGUGGCUGAUGAGCUCAUGAAGCAGGGCGAUGAUGAUAACGAUAAUUCGGUUAAACGUUACUCGACAGGAGCAGCGAUUGCGGGAGCCUCCAGCCCUAAGAGCGCUAAACGCAAGAAGACAUCGAUUCCUCGGGGGCAGAUCAUCUUUCGGCCUUUCAAUAUGAAGCGCAUGGAGCCGGUCAGUAUACUGUUCGCCGAUAUAGUGGGAUUCACUAAAAUGAGCGCCAACAAGUCAGCUCAUGCCCUUGUGGGACUUCUUAAUGACUUAUUCGGGCGAUUUGAUCGCCUGUGCGAGCUUACAUGCUGCGAGAAGAUUAGCACUCUUGGGGAUUGUUAUUAUUGCGUGGCAGGUUGUCCCGAACCAAGAGAGGACCAUGCCUACUGUUGUGUGGAAAUGGGGCUUGGGAUGAUUCAGGCCAUUGAGCAGUUCUGCCAGGAAAAAAAGGAGAUGGUGAACAUGCGUGUUGGCAUCCAUACAGGCACCGUGCUUUGUGGGAUCCUCGGCAUGAAGCGCUUCAAAUUCGACGUAUGGUCCAAUGAUGUAAACCUAGCCAAUCUCAUGGAGCAGUUGGGUGUUGCCGGGAAGGUUCACCUGUCGGAGGCUACGGACAAGUUCUUGGACGACCGAUACUUGCGAGAAGAUGGCCGAGUCACAGAAAGAAUUGGACCAAGUGUGGUUGCAGAUCAACUUAAAGGUCUGAAGACUUACCUGAUAUCAGGGCGGAAGGUGAAGUUGUGUCAGUGGAUGAGUCCUCCUCCUCCGUCUGAGAUCAGAGCGUCCGUCAGCUCCUCGUCCUUCUGUCCAGAUGUCUCCGCAUCGGCCGGCGAUCCCGCAGACGCACCGGACAGAGCCAAGUCCGGCUGUCCCUCAUGUAGCCUGUUAGCAUCUGAAGAUGGGCCAGUUCACAGCAACAGCUGCACAGAUCCUGAACACAAAACCAGCAACAACAAGGUCCCGGCAGGCAGGGGUCCUAAAAGUGUGAAUGGGCUGUUGAGUCCUGGUGUGGAGCAGCCGCUGACGCACAGCCAGACGUCUCUGUGUGAGAUGCUGCAGGACAAGGAGAAGAAGUGGCCCGCCACCGGAGGAGGAACCAUGGACCACUCGGCCCUCAUCCCACUGCGCUCCAAGAACUUCCGUGAGAGGAGCGAUGCGCACUUCGUGGACGUGAUAAAAGAGGACAGUCUGAUGAAAGAUUACUUCUACAGACCUCCCAUCAACAAGCUGAGCCACACAUUCAUAGACAGGUCCCUGGAGUCGGCUUACAGGACCAGCUACCAAGACGAGGUCAAGACUCAAGCUCCUGUGCAGACGUUUGCCAGCCCGACGUUCAGCUCUUUCCUGGACAUGCUGCUGUGCUGUUGUGUUUUCCUGGCUCUUUCUCUGGCCUGUUUCCUGCGACCGCUGGUUUCCCAUCAGCCCUUGCCCACACCUGCGCUCAUAGUGGCCGCAGUGGCAGCGCUGCUCGAGUGUUUGGCUCUAAUACUCGCUAUACGGAGGGCGUUUUAUCUGGACAGUGUGCUGAACUGCACCAGGACGCUCCUGUGGGUCAUUUCCGGCUGGAUUCCCCGGCACAUGAUUGGGGCAGUGCUGGUGUCUUUACCUGCCAUCGCCGUCUUUUCUCACAUCACCUGCAAUAUGCACGACUCCAUACAGUUCACCAUGUUCACCUGCUGUGCCGUCAUCAUCGCCAUCAUCCAGUACUGCAAUUUCUGUCAGCUCAGUUUCUGGAUGCGCUCAAGCCUGGCCACGCUUGCGGGACUCACCUUUCUCAGUGUGCUCUGGAGCCCUCCGUGCAGCACUUGGGAGCAUUUCUUUAUGAGAUCCAAUGACCUCAACAGCAGCAUCAAUGACAUCCAAUCUUCCUCAGACGAACCGUCCCGUCCACAGGAUCUGCUGGGUCCGGAGGCUUUGGUGGCCUUUUUUCUGUUGCUCCUGCUUGUUUGGUUUCUCAACCGCGAGUUCGAGGUGAGCUACCGACUCCACUAUCACGGUAAUGUGGAAGCAGAUCAGCACCGCAUCAAGAUCCAAAACAUGCGCGACCAGGCAGACUGGCUCCUGCGCAACAUCAUCCCCAUCCACGUAGCCGAGCAGCUGAAAGUGACCCAAAGCUACUAAAACCACGACAACGUUGGCGUCAUCUUCGCCAGCAUCGUCAACUUCAGCGAAUUCUACGAAGAAAGCUACGAAGGUGGGAAGGAGUGCUACCGUGUCCUCAACGAACUUAUAGGAGACUUCGACGAACUUCUGCGCAAGUCCGACUUUUCCAACAUCGAGAAGAUCAAGACGAUCGGCGCCACCUACAUGGCAGCAUCCGGGCUCAAUACGCAACAAUGCAGCGAUCAAAACUACCCGCACGCCCACUUACGAGCGCUCUUCGAAUUUUCUCUGGAAAUGAUGCGAGUGGUGGACGACUUCAAUAAAAACAUGCUGGGCUUCAAGUUCAAGUUGCGAAUUGGAUUCAACCACGGACCGCUCACCGCCGGAGUCAUCGGCACUACUAAAUUACUCUACGAUAUCUGGGGCGACACGGUGAACAUCGCUAGUCGAAUGGACACUACUGGUGUUGAGUGUCGCGUUCAGGUUAGUGAAGAGAGCUAUUGCGUGCUUAGCGGAAUGGACUAUGAGUUUGAUUACCGUGGUACAGUCAAUGUGAAAGGCAAAGGUCAGAUGAAGACCUAUCUUUACCCAAAGAGUGCAGAUAGUGGACCUGUGCCUCAAUACCAACUCUCGGUCUCUCCAGAAAUUCGAGCGCAGGUUGAUGGCAGCAUCGGACGUUCGCCAACUGAUGAAAUCGCUAAUAUGGUCCCUACAACCAGUGCCAGUAGAGUAGGUGCGUCUUUCUCUGUGAGUUCAGGACUUACUGGACAGGGCUAUGCUGGUAGAGACUUCCCUGAGAAGGUUUCUGUAAGCAACGGUACAUCUAAGACUCAACGAUCUGCGUCCGCUGUUGGUCUGACUUGCAUACCAGAAACCAACCUGAGCGCAAGUACCACAAGUUUUGAAAAACCAGCAGACCCAACUUUGACCUCUCCUGUUUGGGUGGAAAACACCAUUGGAAGAAAGCAGGGAGAAAUAGCGUACAUGGGUGAAAUGACAAAACUUUGACUGGAAAACAAGCCAACGGUGUUGGUCGUAACCCUUUAAACGUGGGCCUGCAACCCUCUGAGUUUGUAGAGAUAGGCAUGUUCAUGCUAGAGUAGAUUUGCAUCCGUGUACGUGGAGUGGAGAAUUCAAGCACACAACCUUAAAGUGUUUUUACUUCUUGCUGAAGCAGGAGAUGCUUUCACAAGUAGUGGUGUUGACGGUGUAAACCUCAGAGGAGCCGCAUGAACCAUUUUGACAUGGUUAGAUGCUUUGGGACGACACAGAACUUAAGAAGUCCCUUACGUAGAAUGCACCAACAUGACAAAUAUACUAUAGUAAUUUAUAGUAAAUACUUUAGUGUUUUUGAACCAUA